UGUCUAUUUAAAUUUGUAAAUAAAUAAAGUAGGGAAUGACGGCCUUGGUUUCCUUUUCCUAUAUAGCUGUUUGCAAACGUUACGCAAAUUAAAUGAAUGUGGUGUAGGCUGGAGAAUGAGAGUAGUAAUUAUGUUUGUAUUGUAGUACAUUAUUAAAUAUUUCAACUUUUUUAAUUUGUUAUGGCGGCGGAACAGGACUCAAAUAGAGCGUUACCUGACCUUAUAUUGGAUAUUGAUAGUGCAGAAGAUGAUCAUGUUACCUUUCCGAAUACAGACAGCCCUACAUUGUCAUCGAAAUCUAAUACUAAAAAUAAUCAAGAUACUCAGUCAUCUACAUCGCAACCUACUGGUAAACCUUUGAACAACAACAACAAUAAUAAUAACAAUAAUAAGCAUCAGCUUGGCGAUGAGCAGAAAUUAGCAAAGGUGGAGUCAAAAGCCACACCAAGGCGCGCACAAUUUGGAGCCAGUAAACAAAAAGCAUCUGAGGCCCAAUCCACUUCUAGACCAUGUGAACAACAUACGUUUCUGACUGACAUUACUGAGGUUCGGCAGAUGGAACAAGGACUUUUGAAACUUUUAGAUGACUUUCAUUUAGGAAAAUUACAAGCAUUUGUUGGUAAAGAUUGUACAUUUGAAAAAAUGGAACAAGUACGUGAACAGCAGGAAAGAUUAGCAAGACUUCAUUUUGAAUUAAAUACACAGCAGGAAAUGUAUGGACCGCAGUCAGAAGAUGGCAGGCGUAUUGGCAGGGAAAACCUAGGAAAAUUAAUAGAAAAUUUGCAGCAGUUAAGCCGUAGUAUUGAACAACUCCAAAUUUCAAGUCCUAGUUUACAAACUGAUGUUUAAAACUGGUCAUUAUAAAUUUUUUAAUUGACAUUAAAAAAUGAAAGCACUAUUUUCAAUUUUAUUUUACAUAUUAUUAUACAUGUAUAUUACUUUGCUUGCCUAUGAAUCUCUUUCCAUUAUUCAUUAAAAUAUUUACCUUUUUUAAUUAUUUAACAUCGUAUUUGUUUGCUGAAAUUUUUACUGUAAUAUAAUUUAUUUAUGCUUUGUAGUUGCAAAUCGAGGCGAUACAGUAUAUUUUUACUCAAAAAGGGGUUUCCCUCUAUUUUUUAAUGGUUCUCCUUUGCUAAUGUAGGAUGAAUCGUUUGUAAAUAUAUUUUGAAUAUUUUAUUCAUAAAAUACUCACCACAAAAAAAAAUCAAUUAAUUUAUAAAUUAUUAUGCAAAUGGUGAACAAGUUCCUUCAAAAGGGUUUUUUAAAGUAAAAUUGUGUAUACAAGCAUUGCUGAUUACUAUAAAAAUUUGCAUUUAUGAUAAUUAUAUUUAUAAUAAGAAUUCUUUCCGAAAAAAAUCAUCUGUACUUCUGAUUUAAAAUGACUGCUUAUCCUGGUUAUUUUGUAAUACAUUCUUGAUAUCUUUACCUUCCUAACUGAUUUUUUUUUUUUUUUUUGCCUCAACUUUUUUUUGUAAAUGUAUGUAUUUAUUAACGUGUGAAUGUAUUUUAACUGAGGAAAUUCAUUUAUAUUUUUUCACACAUUUUGCUUUUUGAUGUGUCUCAUUCUUUUGCAUUUUGGUACCAAUGUACUAUCUUCAUUUGAUGUACAUAUAAUCUUAAAAAAAUUUUUAACUUAUUUGUAUGCUUGCAUAUAGUGCAACGUAUGUUUUAAUGAAAACGGUCUUAUGAAAUGUACAUAACUACAAAUUGUCUAUUAAGUAGGAUUGGUUUUGUUUAAAUGGUAAGUCAGUAAAAAUUUUCAUUGGAAGUAAUUUAAAAAGUAAAUAUAGAAUCAUUGUAUUUAAAAGGAGUUGCAAUCUGGAUUUUACUAACAGUAUUAUACUUUUGAAAAGGCAAAACAAAUUUCGAAAUUGACGGAUAGUAAUAAACCAUUCAUUUAAAGUAUAAAUGAAAAUUUUCGAUUUUGAUUAUAUGAUUUAACUGUAAGAAAUAUAUUUAUCUUUGUCAAAGAAUUUGAAGACAAAUAAUAUCUUAUCUUAAUCUUAUUUAUGAUUUUAAAAAAAUAACACUUCUUUUGAUAUUGGCUUCUUUUUAUGUGAAAGUAAUAUUUUGCAAAUUGAGAAUCAAAUUUUGUCCAGCACCAUUUUUUUUUCCCUCGAAUAUUUUGUCAGAUUUUUUUGAGAUUUAAUUAAUAUUUCUUAAACACUUAUUUCAGUAGACCUUAAAUAUCUUUUGAUUUUAUUUAUUUUCGUAAACCAAUACUUAGAACUUAAUUGCUUGAGAAAUUAUAGAAUGCUAUUUUACUUACAUUUUGUCUCAUAUACAAUCUGUAUUUAUUGUAUUAAGCCCAAGGAAUUGAUUAAUUGAAUCAAAAUGGGGUGCUGUGCAUAAAAUAGAAUUAAUGUCCUCAAGAGUGUUUGUUACAAAAUAAAAUGUUUUGAAAUGAAAUAGUGUUUUGAAAAACUUUCCUUGUUGAAUAUACCUCGUUUUUGUCUUGCCCCUGAGGAAAUGAAAAACAUUUCAGUGCUUAUUUUCACCAUAUUUAUGAAGUGAAUGAAAUUUAUGUAUCUUUCCUUCUUGUGCAAUAAUUGUUCUCUUAUAUAUUGGCAUUUUUAAAAAAAUAUUCAUGCAUUACUUAAUUUGUGUCUUUCUGUAAUUAAAUUUUCAAUAAUCUCUAUUUUUUUAUGAGAAGCAUUUGAUGCAUUUCUAUUUUCUCUUUUGUGUCCUUACAGUUAACUGUGAUUUAUUUGAAGAGAUUGUGCUGGUUUACUGUAUAUUUUACUAUAGACUAAUUUUCAGAUGAUAUAGUUUUUUAGGCAUUGGUAGAAUGUGUAUACUCUAUUAGACUAUUCUGAAGCAAUACUACACUUUUGGAGCCAAUACUUAUAUAUAUAUUUUUUCCUUGUAUAGGUUUUAGAACUAACACUAUUGUAGUAUAUUUAAUCAUAUCUUUCAAAGUCCAUAGACUGAAGAAGUUUAAAUUCUGUUUAGAGAUUAAUUCAAGUAGAAAAAAAAAUUUGCAUUCCAAUUUUUAUUCAUAAUUAAUAAGUGUUCAUUAUUUUUAUGCUUCAAAUAUUUUCAUUUACAAAUUAUUUGAAUCUGUAAUUUUUUUUUUCCAAAAAUUAUUGAAAAGUAUAGAAAUACAAAUUUGAGUUAAAAUCCCAUGAUCUAUGCCUUUUCCUCUUUCUAUUAAUGCAGUUUCUUUUAGUUUAUGUGAAAUAUGUUUUCGGAAUGCUAUUUAGGAUCUGAUUUAUACAGAAACUGAUAUAACUGAUUUUGAUCCUUGUUAUUUCAUGAAAAAGGAAUCGGUUAUAUUGUUUAAUCAGUGUUCGAAAACGGAUAAUUGUUUGUAAUCCGAACAAAAGGAAUUCUUUUCUGCUUGAAAAGGCUUGAUUAGUUUUAAAAAUAGUUGUUGUUGUUUUUUUCAGUUAUUUCUGGAUUUAUCUUCUAAAUAUUAAUAUUAAAUGUAAAUCAUAUUUUCAGCUCGAUUAUAUUUGUUUUUGAAAUUUUUAUAGCAAUGACUACUACUAACUCCGUCCGUUAAAUCUUACUCAAUGAUGAUAUUUGCAUAAAUUUUAGUUUAUAAAAAUUAUAAGAUCUUGAUUUUAGUGGUGCAUAUUUAUAUGUAAAUAUCGUGUUUUUCGUUAAUUUUAUUUCCUCUUUUUGUAUCUGUCAUAAAAUUUGCUCAACAGAUGUGAUCUGAGCUCACAUAAGUUAAUUAAAAUAAUUUACAACAGUGUAAUUAUAUAAUUGUUGCAGUUUGUUCAAGAUAUUUUUUUUUUUUUCGUUUAGAAAAUAUGAUAAAUGUUUUUGAUUCUAAUUUAAAAUUAAAUGAAGAAAUGAGAAGGAAGAAUUUAGAGUAUAAGUUUAAUGUGAUAUUCAAAAACUGUUAUUUUAACUACUAAUAUUUUUUAUCAGGAAAUAAACUGUGAUUAUGUACUGUAUUUUCUUAUUUGAAAUGUAACGGAAAGUGAUAAUGUGCACAAAAGGGCAUGAUGAGAGCCAAAUAUCACUUAAAUUGGGGAGAGGGUAAAAUAUGUGCUUACCAUGUACAUUUACCUAAAAGUAUUAAGAUGAUGCAGUAUGACGAAAAUGAUUGUACAAAAAUUCUUUACUUGCACACAUUCUAAUAACAAACAUUGAUUGGUACAAAAUUUAUUUAAAUAUUGCAGAGACGUUAUAACUCCGAUUUUUUUUAAAUUUAAAAUGAAAUAUUUAAUCCAAAAUGUGCCUUGAUUUUCUUUAGAAUUUUAGGAAGGAGCUAUAUAUUUUUCGUUUCAAAAAAUUGUCUCAUGUCUUUAUCGAUAAAAUGAAAUCUUUUUAAUAACCGUAGUUGGAAUUAAAUAUUGUAAUUAAUGCAAGUCACAUUAUUAUCUUGACUAGCUAUUCUAAACUGUUAAUUUAAAUAUUUAAUUGAAUUUAUUGCAAUAUAAAAAUUACCCAGAAUUUGUAUAGUUUAUUUAAUGUUAUUGUGAAUAAAAUAAUUAUAUGACCAGAUUUUUUACCGGGAUAUUUCAAUUUUCUUUUUAAAAAAAACUAUCUUCAUGAUUUUCCUGGAAGCUAAAAUAAGAUCUGCUUUUUAUUAAAUGUUGCUUUUAGGAAAUUUCGGUGAAUAUAAAAGCUUUAUUUUUUUUAAACUCUCGUUAAAUGCUCAUUUCUGAUUAAUUUCAAUGACUUUAAUGUUCAUUACAACGUGACGUGUUUUAAACGCCAUUUAUAGAAAAAAAUCUAUUGGUGAGUGCUUUAAAAUCUUAAAACACUUAUCGUAUACUUUUAUAUUACAAAGAAUCAGCUAUUUCUAAUGUUAUUUUUUCUUCUUAGAAUAAUAACAGAAAUUGUUCUUUUCAAAGCAAUUUAAAUAUGCUUUGAAUCACUGAAUUUUAAUUUUAUUUUUUCAUGUUUUAUGUUGCAAGUGGAAUUGGAAAUAGUGAUGUAAUUAAGUUAUACUUUUGGAAUGCAUUAUAUAACUUAAUUGCAUUAGUGUAUCAAUUCAUAUCUUUUUUGUGUUAUCCCCAAAUUGCCUUUAUUAUUUAUAUAUGUUAAAAUUAUUUAGUAA